AUGACGUCCGCGUUCCCCGCGCGCGGGCCGACAGUGGGCGUGCCGUCGAAGAAGUUCAGCCUCUCCCUCGGCGGCGGCGGCGGCGGCGGCGGCGGCGGCGGCGACGACGGCGGCGAGGACGGGCCUCGGAUGGGCCGCCUCGACCUCAGCAAGAUCUCGUUCGCCGCGAUGGGAGGCAGCGCGGAGCCGCUCCACCUCCCCGAGAACGACGACGCGUACGACGUCGACAGCAGCGACGAGGAUCUCGACGGGAUGGAGGCGGCCGUCGCGCGGUUCGAAGCGCGCGCGAGGCAACGGAGAGAGCUCCGCGACGUCGCCGCCGCGUCCGAGGACGUCGCGCGCGAGAUGGCGAGGGAGCGCGACGAGAUGCGCGCCGCGGUGGACGAGCUCCGCGCGCAGCGGAGGAAAUUCGAGGAGGCCACGGGCGGCGGCGAGUACGGCGGCGUGGUGGGGGGCGCGGCGGCGAGAGCGGAGGGCGACGGCGGCGCGGAGACGCGGGGACGGCGGCGCGACGACGACGACGACGACGACGACGACGACGACGACGACGACGACGACGACGACGACGACGACGACGACGACGACGGAGUGGACGCCGCGCUCGACGACUUGCGGCGGCGGCGCGAACGCGUCGACGCGCGGCUCGCGUCGCUCGCGCUCGAGUGGUCGGUCGAGGGCGUAGGCGGCGGCGGCGGCGGCGGCGGCGACCGUUCGCGUCCCUGCCGAGACGACGGUUCGUAUCGUCAUCUCGUCGGCGAGGAAGCGCGCGCGGCGGCGGAGGCGGAGGUCGCGAGGACGUACAGAGGCACGCCGGAGUGGAAACGACGGAAAGAACGCCGCGCGCGCGCGCUGGAGGAGGACGCGCGAUCGCGAUCGGCCGCCGCGGAAGAGGACGACGACGCGCCGGUCCCGGAGUGGAAGCGACGCCGCGACGCGCGACGCGCGGCGGAGGCGGUGGCGGCGGCGGCGNGAAUCGAAAACCAAAACGCCGCCGCCACCGCCGACGAGAACGCGUCCGUCGUGUUCGCCGCGGCCGCCGCUCUCCGCGACGGCGACGACGCCGCCUUCGCGUCGCUCCUCCGCGGGCCUCGCCGCGGCCUCCUCCUCGCCGCGCGCGACGAGCGCGGCGACGCGUUACUCUCGCUCGCGUGCCUUCUCGGCCGGACGAGGGCGGUCAAGGCGAGUUCUAUCUUCACACUGGCGCUCGCGAGAGCCGGGUGCGAGCUCAACGCGAAGAACGUCGACGGCUUGAACGCGAUCGACCACGCGGUGAACGAGGGACGGUUCGAGCUCGCGGACUACUUGGUUCGAUGGGCGACGAAGCACGGGAUCGCAAUCGGGGACGAGUAG